AUGAAUGGAAUCAAUGUUGAUAUAAAUCAUUUAAAGAAAGGAGAAGUCAAUUUAGGUACUUCAAUUAUGGCUGUUAAUUUUAAAGAUGGUGUUAUAUUAGGUGCAGAUUCAAGAACAACUACUGGUUCAUAUAUUGCAAAUAGAGUAACUGAUAAAUUAACUCAAAUUCAUGAUACAAUAUAUUGUUGUCGUUCUGGUUCAGCUGCUGAUACACAAGCUGUUGCUGAUAUGGUUAAAUAUUAUUUACAAAUAUAUUCUGCUCAAUUACCUCCUGGUGAAAAACCAACUACAAAUAUUGCAGCAAAUGUAUUUCAAGAAAUUUGUUAUAAUAAUAAAGAUAAUUUAACUGCAGGUAUUAUAUGUGCUGGUUAUGAUGAAAAAAAUGGUGGUUCUGUUUAUUCAAUUCCAUUAGGUGGAUCAAUUCAUCAACAAGAAUAUGCUAUAGCUGGUUCCGGUUCAACAUUUAUUUAUGGUUGGUGUAAUGAAAAUUAUAAACCAAAUAUGGAACAAGAACAAUGUAUUGAAUUUAUAAAAACUGCAUUAGCUGAAGCAAUUAAAUGGGAUGGUUCUUCAGGUGGUGUUAUUCGAAUGGUUAUAUUAACAAAAAAGGGGGUUGAAAGAUUGAUAUUUUAUCCUGAUGAAUAUGGUGUUUUAACAAGGAAAGAUGAUUUAUAG